AAACAGAGCUUUAUGAAUUGGUUACACAUCAUUAAUGCCAUCAUCAAGAUAGCAUUAAGAGCACUGAGGCGUCAGAGUCACAGUUUGGUGGUUGUCAGAGAAGGUUUGGGCAUUGUGUGGUGAAAGAGGUAACCAGCUAUGGCAGCCAACAAGGGUAAGAACCAGAGCUCUCUGGCCCUGCAUAAGGUCAUCAUGGUGGGGAGUGGUGGCGUGGGCAAAUCCGCUCUCACCCUACAGUUUAUGUAUGACGAGUUUGUUGAGGAUUAUGAGCCCACAAAAGCUGACAGCUACAGGAAGAAGGUGGUGUUGGAUGGAGAGGAGGUUCAGAUUGACAUUCUUGACACGGCUGGGCAGGAGGACUACGCGGCUAUUAGAGACAAUUACUUCCGGAGUGGGGAGGGUUUUCUGCUGGUCUUCUCCAUUACUGAGCAUGAGUCUUUUACAGCCACUGCUGAGUUCAGGGAGCAGAUACUGCGGGUGAAAGCGGAAGAGGAUAAGAUUCCUCUGUUGCUGGUUGGCAAUAAGUCUGACCUGGAGGAUCGCAGGCAGGUCAUGGUAGAUGAAGCCAGAGGCAAAGCAGAGGAGUGGGGCGUACAAUAUGUAGAGACCUCGGCCAAGACACGUGCCAACGUGGACAAGGUGUUUUUUGAUCUCAUGAGGGAGGUGCGAGCCAAAAAGAUGUCAGAAAACAAGGACAAAAAUGGGAAGGGAAAGAACAAGAAGAGCAAGAAGAGCUUCAAAGAACGAUGCUGUUUACUUUGA